AUGUCUAAUAACAUUUUUAAUAUUCUUCUAUUUUUUUUAGCAUAUUCACUUUCAUCACAGGCGUCAAAGCCAGGGUUAAUUGCCACCUUUCAGUUGUCACCUGGUUUGCAAUUGCAUUCUAAGGCACACGACCCUAUAAAAGAAUUACCGCAAUCUGAAUUUUUGGAUAUUGUUAAAAAAUCCAUUUCUUUUUGUAAUUCUGAUGCAUAUGUUUUUAUCAAUCAACCUAAUAUAAGGAAAGAUGAUUUUUUUAAAUAUGGAGAUAAAAUGGAAAACUUAAUGGGGUAUUUUGAAGGAAGUUCAAGCAUUGCCAAAUUUGAAAAAAUACAGGAAACAAUUGAAAAUCAAGAUAUUUUUGAAGAAUUAAUUCAAUUUGCCAUUGAAACAUGUUCGAUAGAUCAAGUAUUUUGUAUUAAAGGAAAUGAUACAGACUCAUAUCAACCAGUCUACGAUAUUGGUACACGUAUUUUUAGAAUAGAUUUUCCAGAUUUACCUUAUAACGACAGUAUUUUAAGGAUGAAAUAUAUUGAGGAUUUUGAUAAGUUUAUCAAGUAUGUUAUUGCUCAAUUGCCCACACCAUACAGAACAAUUAUUUAUACCAGUAGUAUGGAUGAUAAUAGGAAAAAUCCACCAAAUUAUGAAAUAGUUCCUAUAGAGAUCUUUUCCAGUAUAUUUGAUGAUCCAUCAAGAAAAAUUGAAUACGAAAGAAAUAAUAAGAUUUUAGAGGGCGUUAAUUCAGGGUUUAGAAAGUAUGAGCCUAAAUUUAAAGAAAAAUACGAUUAUUCCAUGUAUCCUACAACCAUAUUUGACAAAACUUACAUAACGGAAAAUAAGGAAUUGCUUCAAUUGAUUAUUUCUACUUUGGCCUGUUUUAUUGCAUUUUACUAUUAUUUUUUCUCUUUAAGAAAUAAGAAAAAGGGUAUUGUUACUAAUAAAAUAAAGAAAUUGGAUACAAAAAAAAAAAAAUAUAAAAACUCAAGCUGA